AUGAAAGCGUGUUUGAAACUGAUCAAGAGGAAAGACAAAGAGGAGGAGACGUCAUUUAUGAAGAAUGGAGGAUUAUUAUUAGAGGAGUUGAUUACCUUUUGCAAUGGGAAAUCCAAUCCUAUCCGUAACUUCUCUGCCGAAGAGCUUAGAAAAGCAACAAACAACUACGACCCACGUCAAAGGUUGCUGGAGGCUGGUGAUUUUGAAUUUUACAAGGGUUCUCUUGAAGACCGCUUAAUUUCAGUUAAAGUGUACCCAGAAGAAAGAAUUGUUGUUAUAAGAGACAAGGCACUAGAAUGCAUUAUUAAAGACAUUGUGAUUGGAUCACAAAUGAGUGUCCAUAAAAAUGUUCUAAAGCUCCUAGGAUGCUGCUUGGAGACCAAACUACCGAUUAUAGUGUAUGAAUUUGUUGGGGGGGAAAAUCUCUUCCAAUGUAUCCGCCCAAUUGAUAGAGUCUCUCAGCCGUUACCAUGGAAGUGUAGGUUAAGGAUUGCAAUGGGCAUAGCUAAUGCCAUUGCAUAUCUCCAUACUGCAUUUUCCAGGCCCGUUGUUCAUAGAGAUAUUAAGUCGCCCACCAUUAUAUUGGAUGAGGAGAAAGUAGCCAGAUUGAUUGACUUCUCACUCUCCAUAUCUAUCCCUGAAGGUCAGUUGCGUGCAGAAGAUGCAGUACGCGGGAGAAUGGGUAUUGGUGAUCCUGAAUAUUGCACUACAGGCCAUGUAACCGAGAAGAGUGAUGUGUUUCAUUUUGGUGUAUUUCUACUUGUGCUUUUGGCAGGAUGGAUGUUGGAUACUCAACAAUCCAUAUAUUCUGAAUCCAGUUUGCCAGGCUUUCUGAAGCCAUAUGAUGAACAAAACCGGUUGAUUGAAAUUGUAGAUCCAGCAUUACUGGAAGAAAGAAUUGAUGAGGAACAAUUUCUAGCUUUUGCAAGGCUUGGCCUGAGUUGUUUGUGUGAAAUAGGAGAAGAUAGGCCAGGAAUAAUCGACGCGGCAAAACAACUCAGGCGUAUUUAUCAGUCUGCCACACCACUUUAACUUAGCUCUCCAUCCAGAUUGAUUGUAUUUUGUGUUAGAAGAUAAAUCCAAGCUACUGCUCAACUGUUCACAUAAAACAUGCUUCCAUGUUUUCUGUGAACA